UGCGAGAGUGACAGACAGACAGACGCGCAGACCUUCAGGAGUCAUCACGGUCGGCAGUCCGUCCCGAGUCCGUGCUGAGGCUUCGCAGCCCUAUUCCCCGGUGGGAGGCUGAGCUGGUGGCGGAGACGCCUGGGAGAGCCUGAGAGAGGCGACCAUAAUGUCUUUGCGUUUACGCUCGCUGCCCAGCCGUCCUGGAGUUGGGAGGCCCGGCUGCAGGGGACUGCUGUGCCUGCUGGCGGUCACGGCGGCCGUGGGCCCCGGCGCCUCCGGGGGGUGCCCUGCCGCUUGCAUCUGUGCCACCGACGUCGUCAGCUGCACCAACAAAAACCUGUCCAAGGUGCCUGGGAACCUUUUCAAACUGAUUAAGAGACUGGAUCUGAGUUAUAACAGAAUUGGGCUUCUGGAUUCGGAGUGGAUUCCAGUGUCGUUUGGAAAGCUGAACACCCUUAUUAUUCGCCAUAACAACAUCACCAGCAUUUCCAUGGGCAGUUUUUCCACAACUCCAAAUUUGAAGUGUCUUGACUUAUCCUCCAAUAAGCUGAAGACUCUGAAAAGUGCAGUGUUCCAAGAGUUGAAGGGUCUGGAAGUGCUCUUGCUGUACAACAAUCGCAUCUCCUACCUUGAUCCGUCAGCGUUUGGAGGGCUUUCCCAGCUGCAGAAACUCUACUUAAGUGGAAACUUUCUCACGAAGUUCCCCAUGGAUUUGUAUGUCGGGAGGUUCAAACUGGCAGAACUGAUGUUUCUAGAUGUUUCUUAUAACCGGAUCCCCUUCCUGCCAAUGCAACAUAUAAACUUGGUGCCAGGAAAGCAGCUGAGAGGCAUCUACCUUCAUGGAAACCCGUUUAUCUGUGACUGUUCCCUUUACUCAUUGCUGAUCUUCUGGUAUCGCAGGCACUUUAGCUCCGUGAUGGAUUUUAAGAAUGAUUAUACCUGCCGCAUGUGGUCUGACUCUGGGCGUUCCCAUCAGGUGCCGCUGGUCCAGGAGAGCUUUAUGAAUUGCUCUGACAGCAUCAUCAAUGGCUCCUUCCGUGCACUUGGCCUCAUCCAUGAGGCUCAAGUGGGAGAAAGGCUGAUUGUUCCCUGUGACGGCAAGACUGGUAGUUCGAAUACGGAUUUCAUGUGGGUGCGUCCCGAUAACAGGCUGCUAGAACCUGACGAAGAGGUGGAAAACUUUCACGUGUUUCACAAUGGAAGCCUGGUUAUAGAAAGCCCUCGUUUUGAGGAUGCUGGAGUGUAUUCCUGUAUCGCAAUGAACAGGCAGCGCCUGCUAAACGAAACUGUGCUGGUCACAGUAAACGUGAGCAAUUUCACCGUAAACAGAUCCCAUGCCCACGAGGCAUUUAACACAGCUUUUACCACGCUUGCGGCCUGUGUGGCCAGUAUCGUUUUGGUACUUUUGUACCUGUAUCUGACGCCGUGUCCCUGCAGGUGUAAAGCCAAGAGACAAAAAAGUAUGCUGAACCAAAGCAAUGCCCACUCAUCUAUUCUCAGUCCUGGCCUGGCUGGGGAUGGCCCGGCCGAGGAACGGAAGGCAGGCGUGGGGAAAAGAGUGGUGUUUUUGGAGCCCCUGAAGGACACCGCGGCGGGGCAGAACGGGAAAGUCAGGCUCUUCCCCGGUGAAACGGCUAUCGCCGAGGGCAUCUUAAAGUCCCCGCGGGUGAAAUCUGACUCGGAUUCAGUCAAUUCGGUGUUUUCGGACACUCCCUUCGUGGCGUCCACUUAAUGUUGCGCCUACACUUGUACGAUGUAGUAAAUUAAUCUCUCCAUCUUUAACUUUCUGUGUGGUCUGCAAAAUAAACAGCAGGACUGAAAUUGUGUUUGGUUUUUGAAAUACAACCAAAUGGUCUUUUUUUAAAAAAUGGUUGAUAGGAAUCUGGUAAAGCACUUUGGUUCCUCAAUGUGUCUAGAAAGAUGGCAUUGUUUCCCAAACUUUAGAUUCUAGAUAAUGCUAUCUUAGUCUUUUAGCGCCUUUGAUCACUUCCAAGCUGCCCUGGGGGUGAUUGGACUGACGUUGUCCUUUCAUUCAGGAUUCUUGAAAGAAAAAAUAAACUUUAUGUGUAUUAUUGUUCUUUAAAAAGAGGCUUUACUAACUCAUUAGGACCACAGUUGAGUUAUUUUAAAGAAAAGUUUUAGUGUCCUGUUCCAAACAGCCAUACUUUAUGAAGCACAAAAUGAAAGUAUAUUUGGGCAUAAUUCAGCUAAAUUCAUCACUUCAGCCCAGAGUGAGCAGACUCCACUGAUAAAAGGUACUGGGUACUGUCACAUCCUGUGUGAUACUAGGUAACGAGUGCAAUAAAGGUACAUUUGUGUACCUUUAUUCUUCCCUGUCUUCUUCCCCUUCUGUAAAUUUCCUAUCCUUGAACAAAAGGUCUUACUGAAAGUUGAAAGCCAUCAUUAUUUGUUGCCAUAAAUAUGUAGGUGUCAAUGCCAAAAUGUCUAAGUAACUUCUUAAGUCUUUGUCCUAGUAACUAAUAUUUGUUUACAUGCUUGUGUGUAUGUAAAUCUUAAUUCAUGUGAACUACUAAAUAGAUAGUACUGUAUUGUGCUUUGGACAUUUGAAUCAAUGUAAGUAUAUGUAUUUUCUGACUUGAUGUUCUGUUUUAUUUGGUUGUUUAAAAACAUAAAUCUACAAUGUUAUGUGAUCAGAUUGCUCUACUUUGUGUAAAGCACCCACUAUAGCAAAUAUAUCUCUAGAGUUCUUGGA